CCACUAAAGAGCUGGAAGAGGCCGAUGGAGUAUUCAUGAGACGGCUGAUCCAGGAAGGACUGUGGCAUAUUAAUAUGGAAAAGGCCUGUUUGUUUGUGCUUGGAGAGGAAGGAGCCAGAGGAGAGGGGAGCAAGGUGGGCGGGAGCUGGGGAGAGCCUGCAGCAAGAUCUGCGGAGCCCGAGGCACUCUCGGCCUGGGCCCUGGAGAGGACGUAGGGAGCCCCAGCCCACCCCGCCCGCGAACAGCCAGCGCUGGAGGAGCGCCGGGAGACUGCCGUCGGUGCGUGCGCGGACCCGACCCCGUCCUCCUUGGUCUCGCCGCCAGCCAUGGCCGCCGCUACGGCCUCCCCCCGCAGCCUCCUUGUUCUCCUCCAGGUGGUAGUGCUCGCUCUGGCGCAGAUUAGAGGUCCACCGGGAGAGCGGGGCCCCCCGGGUCCCCCGGGACCGCCGGGAGUGCCUGGAUCCGACGGCAUCGACGGUGACAAUGGGCCCCCUGGAAAAGCUGGCCCUCCGGGACCCAAGGGCGAGCCUGGCAAAGCUGGGCCAGAUGGGCCAGACGGGAAGCCCGGGAUUGAUGGUUUAACUGGAGCCAAGGGGGAGCCUGGCCCCAUGGGGAUCCCUGGAGUCAAGGGCCAGCCCGGGCUUCCUGGUCCUCCUGGGCUUCCGGGCCCCGGUUUUGCUGGACCUCCUGGGCCGCCUGGACCUGUUGGCCUCCCUGGUGAGAUUGGAAUCCGAGGCCCCAAGGGGGACCCUGGACCAGAUGGACCGUCGGGGCCCCCAGGACCCCCUGGGAAACCUGGUCGCCCGGGAACCAUCCAGGGUCUGGAAGGCAGUGCGGAUUUCCUGUGUCCAACCAACUGUCCACCCGGAAUGAAAGGUCCCCCAGGGCUGCAGGGAGUGAAGGGGCAUGCGGGCAAACGCGGGGUUCUGGGUGAUCCUGGCCGCCAGGGGAAGCCGGGUCCCAAGGGAGAUGUGGGUACCUCUGGAGAGCAAGGCAUCCCUGGACCACCGGGUCCCCAGGGCAUCAGGGGCUACCCAGGCAUGGCAGGGCCCAAGGGAGAGACGGGCCCUCAUGGAUAUAAAGGCAUGGUGGGCGCUAUCGGUGCCACUGGGCCACCGGGUGAGGAAGGUCCUAGGGGACCGCCAGGCCGAGCUGGGGAGAAGGGUGACGUGGGCAGCCCAGGUAUUCGUGGACCCCAGGGGAUCACAGGCCCGAAAGGAGCAACGGGCCCCCCAGGCAUCAACGGCAAGGACGGGACCCCAGGCACGCCUGGCAUGAAGGGCAGUGCAGGACAGGCGGGACGGCCCGGAAGUCCAGGCCACCAGGGCCUAGCGGGUGUGCCAGGCCAGCCUGGGACAAAAGGAGGCCCUGGAGACCAGGGUGAGCCGGGCCCGCAGGGCCUUCCUGGAUUCUCUGGUCCCCCUGGGAAAGAGGGAGAGCCAGGGCCUCGAGGAGAAAUUGGUCCCCAGGGCAUCAUGGGACAGAAGGGUGACCAAGGCGAGAGGGGUCCAGUGGGGCAACCAGGCCCUCAGGGAAGGCAGGGCCCUAAGGGGGAGCAGGGCCCCCCUGGAAUUCCAGGGCCCCAAGGCUUGCCAGGCGUCAAAGGAGACAAGGGCUCCCCAGGGAAGACCGGGCCCCGCGGCGGAGUGGGUGACCCAGGGGUGGCCGGCCUCCCCGGAGAGAAAGGCGAGAAGGGCGAGUCCGGCGAGCCGGGGCCCAAGGGACAGCAAGGAGUACGUGGAGAACCCGGCUACCCUGGCCCCAGCGGGGAUGCGGGCGCCCCAGGGGUUCAGGGCUACCCUGGUCCCCCCGGCCCUCGAGGACUGGCCGGGAACCGAGGCGUGCCAGGACAGCCCGGGAGACAGGGCGUGGAGGGCCGGGAUGCCACUGACCAGCACAUCGUGGAUGUGGCGCUGAAGAUGCUGCAAGAGCAACUGGCAGAGGUCGCCGUGAGUGCCAAGCGGGAAGCCCUGGGUGCGGUGGGCAUGAUGGGUCCUCCAGGACCUCCUGGGCCCCCUGGGUACCCAGGCAAGCAGGGCCCCCAUGGGCACCCUGGCCCUCGGGGCGUUCCUGGCAUCGUGGGAGCCGUGGGUCAGAUCGGCAACACGGGGCCCAAGGGAAAACGUGGAGAGAAGGGUGAUCCAGGAGAAGUGGGACGGGGGCACCCCGGGAUGCCUGGGCCCCCAGGGAUCCCAGGACUCCCUGGCCGGCCUGGCCAGGCAAUCAACGGCAAGGAUGGAGAUCGAGGGUCCCCAGGGGCUCCAGGAGAGGCAGGUCGACCUGGCCUGCCAGGCCCCGUGGGGCUGCCGGGCUUCUGUGAACCUGCAGCCUGCCUUGGAGCUUCGGCCUAUGCCUCUGCCCGCCUUACAGAGCCUGGAUCCAUCAAGGGGCCUUGAGCAUCAGGCCCACACAGAGCCUGGCAGGCAUCCUGGCGGGAAGGACCAGGUCCCCUCUGGGUGGACAUGCACCCAUCCCCAACCCAGGAAACCAUCUCCCCCAGGACCUUCUGUCUGGGACCCAGGAGUCCUGAGGAAAAGGAAUUCUAAAACAUGGGGGAAGGGGAGGUAGAGCACUGAUGGGUGAAAAAGUGAGGCCAACACACAGGGCAAGUGGUGUCGAUGGAGUCGAAGCGCUGAAGGAAUAGGGCGGCUUUCCUUCCAGCGAGCAUCAUUCGGCUGUUACCAAACAAACAUCUUAAUCUGCACCAUUCUCCACUGGCCAUCUUGUCCUUGGGUCAGUGGGACAUGGGCACCCCGGGAGGCCUGGGCCCUGCCCAGCUACAGUUCCACCCCUCAGCUUGAGGACCAAUGACUGAGGUCUCUGCCAGUUCCUGAUCCCAUCUCACUCUCUGGACCUACCAGGUGACUGCUGCUGGGUGACUACCCUGAGGCGGCUAUACCCGUAAGCCAGCCCCACUACUUCCUUCCCUGCCUCCCAACUCAGUAUUUAAACAUCAUCUCCCUUCUCUUUCUCGCAUAACUCCCCACCCGUUUCUCCCUGAUCCACCCAGCCCUUUCUGUAAAUAAAAGCUCCCAAGUUGGGUACAAACCAGGA